AUGCGAAACACCGUCUGCUAUCUGCCCAAUGGCCUCUCAUUCACUGUGACGCCCGUCUUUGGCGGGGUUACCUUCAAAUCGAACGACUUGCUGUCGCAAAGCUCAAGCUCAACCUUCCCACCGGGCUGGACAAUCAUUAUACAUAGUGGAAAGACCCCCGAGAAACCUUUACCCGAAGAACGAGGACGCACUGGCUCUGAAGAUGUGCGUCCUACCUCCAGCGGCGGUGACUGCGACAAUAUCACCCGCUUCACGACCCCUACCUUGAACCGCGACUGCCUCUAUAUCUCGUAUAUUGUCAAUCCCCCGUCGAGUGAUUACAACCCGGUGAGGUCGCCUACACGCCAUAUUGCGAUGAUGCUUUGGGCUACUCUCUGGUGGUACUUCCACGAGCCCGAGCCGGACUUGCAUCUGGAAACCGCUGCCUCGAGCUCGACGCCGCAUGAUGGACGUCCGCAGGGAGAGUGGCGCGUGAAUAUCAGGCGAGAGGGGAUUUUCAAUGGUCGGAGUUUGCUGCAGAAGCUUGAGCGUAUGGGUCUUAUUGCAAGCGAGGACUCUUCCGUCGGUCUUCAGCCGAUGGAGACUCGCGACUCCGGCAGUUGGUCCAAUAUGUUCGUGAGUCGACGGAGCUUCUGGCAGAUCGACCCGCGCCUGUUCCUUUUCACACUUACGCCACGGGGGGCUCCUUCGCCCUCGCUGACUCCAUUCCAAUCUCGCCAUGCCUCCCCGGCACGAGAUGGUCUAUCGAGUCCACGGGCAUUGCAGCCGGCGGAGGCUUCGUUCCAUACAACCAACAUCGGCACGUACACUUCUGCCGGACCUUUUACUUCGGCUAGUCAUCUUCCAACAUACUAUCCGCCGGCCCCUACGCAGUACAUGUUCACCAAUGGCGUGCGCCAUCCUGUGCGGCCCAAGCCCCCGCAUCAAGGGGAGGUCUUCUAUGUGCGUCAUAUUCCCAGCGUGGACCAAUUCCUUUCAUUCCGGGUACCCUUCUUGCCGAUGACCAAGCUCGGUGCUACCAAGGGACCUAGCACAAACAGUCGGCCAUCAACCCCCACUGCAACAGUGAGCUCCUCGGUCACCAGCGUCGAGCAACAUCUCUGCACGAGUGCACCAUCCGACCUGGACAUGCUGCAUAGGUGGAUGAACGACCCCCGAGUCGAAGCGAUGUGGAAAGAAGGCGGCGAGCGCGAAGUCCAGGAGAAAUUCCUCAUGAUGAACCUCACCAGCCGACACAGUUUCCCCGUCAUCGGCUGCUGGGACGGAAAGCCAUUCGGGUACUUUGAGAUUUACUGGGUGAAGGAAGACCCAUUGGGCCGGUUGGUGAAUCGGAUCGAGAAUUAUGACCGGGGUAUCCAUGUGCUUGUUGGUGAGCAGGAGUUCCGGGGUCCCCAUCGGGUGGCUAUUUGGUUGAGUGCGUUGGUGCACUACUGCUUUUUGUCUGAUAUGCGGACUGAGGCGGUCUAUCUGGAGCCGAGGGUGGAUAAUAUCAAAUUUAUCAAAUACCUUCAGGACGUGGGCUUUUAUAAAGAGGGCGAGGUGAAUUUCCCGCAUAAGCGAUCCGCCGUGAUGAAGAUCAAGAGGGAGUUCUGGGAAGCUCCCGCGCUAUGA